UUUUAAGCUUCAACGAACAUGCAAUCCUCCUCCACCCGGAAUUAAAGGGCCGUUAUUGAGUGUCGUACAAUCUCUUAUAGACACGGUGUCACUUCUAGAUGCCUGAGUAGCAAAAAGGUGCUACUUUGUUAAUGGAGUACGUCUCGGCAGGUUACGACCUGGAGUACAGGCACGCGGACGACGACGCCUGGUACACGGUGAAGUUGGUAGUGGCGGAAGGUGGCGAGGGGCUAACUGUGAAGUACCAAGGCUUUCUCGAUUCAUCGGAUACCAUUUUCCGAGCCGACCAGUUCGAGACGGCGGAAGACGUGGACGAAGCGAUGAACAGAUUCCGUCCACUUUCACGGCAAGUGCAGGACGAGGAGUGCGAUAAAGUCACCGAGGGUAUGGUUGUCUGUGCAUCCUACUCCUUCGAUGAAAAUGACCUUCGCUACUACGACGCCGUGGUUGAGGCGGUGCACCGUGAGAAACAUUCACUUGCAAGUUGUGAAGAGGAGUGUCUUUGCUCAUUUGUCUUGUUAUGGCAACACGGUCCAAAUUUGGGGAUCCUGACCUUGGCGGGCAUUGCAAGCAUAUGCCUUCUUCAACAGACUACUCAAGUUGAUCCCAGAAUUUUGCAUUUCUCCAUAGUGGCAAAGGAAAAAACUGGAAAAAAGCUUGCCAAAUAUACUGAAAUACCCAAGCAUGAUGUUGCAGUAUCUAUAGGGCCAUUGCACGGUGAAAAAAAUAGUCUAUAUGUCAAACGCAAACCUGGGUUUCAGGUUAUGGGGACUACCGGCAAGUCUUAUGGGAGGAUCAGCAAAGCUCAUUCAGAUCAUCUUCAUGAUGAAGACAUGGGAAGGGACUCUAAACAUAUGAACGAGUUUGCAGAAACUGGCAUUCUACAUUUUCUAUUGAUUGAUAACUUGGAAAAAGAUUUGUCCGCAUUGACAAUUAGUGAAUUCAUAUAUAAGCAAACUUCAGUUUCAUCACAAGCCUAUGUUUUCCCAAGCCGAUCACCUGAACUAUAUGCAAGGGGAGCAAUUGUGUCGGAAUGCAAAAUGGAAAUUGAGAAGAUAUAUCACUCACUCAACAAUUCUGAUCAAUUGAUCGUGUCGGCAAAGGGAAGACCAUGGGUCAUCACAAAAAAUGCUUUUAGGAGUGGAAGGCUUGAAGCAAUGCUUGGCAGUUUGGUUCCCAACUCUCAGGAUACUUGUAAGAAUACGGACAUCAACAAGGAACUAACAGUGGUUCAUUCGGGGACUGAAGCAUACAGGAAAGCCAAGCAGUUGAUGUCUUUGUUCAUGGACUUUGAACAGCAUAAACAACGACUUCAUAAGAGGUUGGCUUAUGAAGAGAUGAGAAUCUUGGAGUCGUCUUAAUUGAAGUAAGAAGUCUUCAUGCCUUUGCAUAGUUUUGGUCACAGUUGCUUUUGCGUUUAAAAGUGUCAAAUUUUUCUCUCUCUCUUCCUUCCCUUUUUUUUUUUUCUCAAUAUAUCCUAGAGACGAGAUCUUUAAACUACAUGGAAAUUUUAAUGCCAUAAACAGGUAAAUUCUGUAGGGAGAUCUGCUCCUUGUCCAGUAUCAUGCAUCUCACUUUUGCUUAGUUAUUGCCAUUGAUUUGAGCAACAUUUGAAAAAAUCAAUGGCCUAGAUUUUUACACAUCAUGGAAUGUUAAUCAAGAGUUACAAAUAGCUUAAUUCUUUUCAAA